ACAGCAACCUCAGCACCACCAUGGCCAGCCUCGCCCGUCUCCUGCGCCGUGAACCGGCCCUCCAGCCUCUCGCCGUCGCCGUCGGCGGUGGAGUCAUCGCCGCGCUCGCCGUGAGCACGCACUACCUGCGCAAGUCGCCCGACGUUUCGAUCAACAAGAAGGGCCGCCCCGAGCCGUGGAACGACGUCCAGCAGGGCCAGAACACCAAGUUCAUGUCGUACCAGCCUGACUUCUGGGCGUCGCGCAAGGACCACCCGGACCCGCGCGCCAUGUUCCGCGUCCCGGUCGACGCCAACUCGGCGCAGGCGAGCGAGGCCAAGCAGCAAGCGGCGGCCAAGGCCAAGCUCGACACGAUGGCGGGCUUCGCGACCGAGGGCCAGCACGACUCGGUCCAGGGCAGGGUCAACUUUGACGGGCAGCGCGCUGUCGAGCACUGAGCGACUGUGCGCGCCGUCGUCGUCGCCGCUUGGCGAUCGCUUCUCUCGUUCGUACCCCUCGCUUGAUCCCCCUCUUUUCCCCUCUUCUCUCUCUCUCUCUCUCCCUCCUUUUCUCGCCUGAUCAGUACCCCCCGAAUCUGCAAUGCCCUUUCUCGUCGUC